CCCUGCUCAUAAAUCUCUUUACUCUCCUGGCCUUUUCUCUUCUUUUUCGAGCUGAAAAUCAGAAAUUUCAGAGGAUUCUGGUUCUGGGUUCCAUCAAUGGCUUCGUUAAAACCUCUUGUGCCCUGUUUGGCUCUUGUGAUUUUGUUCUUCGGUUUCUCUUCUGAGGCGAGGGAAUUGCUGGUUGGAGGCCAAGAGAAUUCCUGGAAAGUCCCUCCGUCCCCUGAUGAUCUCAACAAAUGGUCCGGGAAAAUGCGGUUUCUCAUUGGAGAUACUCUGGUGUUGAAGUACGACCCAAAAACUGAUUCUGUACUGCAAGUAACCGAAGAGGAUUACAUAAUCUGUAACACGUCAAAUCCAAUCAAAUCCUACAACGACGGCAACACAAAAAUCCCUCUAGAUCGAUCGGGGCCGUUUUACUUCAUCAGUGGGACGGAGGGGAACUGUGAGAAGGGCCAGAAGGUUGUGGUGACAGUUUUGUCUCCCAAACACGGCCGUGUAAGGGCUCAUCCUCCGGUGGCUUCUCCGGCACCGGCACCUUCUCCGGUGGAAGGAGGAAACUUUCCCCAGGCACUUGUUCCCACAGCCGGUGGUCAUGGUUUGCCGAGUGGCGGUGGGGCUGUGGGUGUGGCGGUUGUUUUGGGAAGCUUGGUUGGGCUGGCUUUGGUCAUGUAGAGAGAGAGAGAGAUUGAGAGAUUAGUUUUUUGUUAGAUGAGGUGGUGUAUGAAAACUGGUUGUUUUUGGAGGGAUAUUUUGUUCUGUUUUUUUUUUUUUUUUUUUUAUAGCUUUUUGAGAGAAGUAUGGUUGUGGUUUAUAUGAGAGAAUUACGGUUUUGAAUGUUAAUAAUGUUGUGUGA